GAUGCAACCUCUUUUGCAAGCCUAUCAGGAGAUGCCCCCGGUAACGAGGGCCUACAGCACUGCAUGUGUUUUGUGUACAUUAGCAGUUCAAUUAGAUUUUGUGACACCCUUCCACUUGUAUUUUAAUUGGCAUUUAAUUAUCCACGAAUUACAGUGGUGGCGGUUGUUUACUUCCUUUUGCUAUUUUGGAUCAAUUGGAUUUACUUUUCUCUUCAACAUGAUAUUCACAUAUAGGCAUUGUUCAAUGUUAGAAGAAGGCUCUUUUCGUGGAAAAACUGCCGAUUUCAUUUUUAUGUUUCUUUUUGGAUGGAUAUUUAUGAUAAUUUCUGCCUGUUUCGUUCAUUUGGUUUUUCUUGGUCACGCAUUCACAAUAAUGCUUGUAUAUGUUUGGAGUAGAAGAAAUCCUUUUGUUGGAAUGAACUUUUUUGGAAUUUUCUCUUUUUCUGCUCCAUACUUGCCUUGGGUUUUGCUCUUCUUUUCACUUUUACUUGGUCAAAAUGCAAUGGUGGAUGUUUUUGGUAUUGCUUGUGGUCAUCUUUACUUUUUCUUAGAAGAUAUAUUUCCUAACCAACCCGGAGGUUUUCGAGUACUUCAAACCCCCAACAUUCUCAAACGUUUAUUUGAUCCUCCUCCAUUGGUACGUAUACCUCCUGAACAAAGACCAGGUGGAUUUAAUUGGGGUGCUGAAGAUAACCAGCCUGUAGAUAAUCGAAAUGAAUAG